AUGGAGAUCAUGGAUACUCAGCGUGCCUUGGAGGCUGUGGAGAGACUGCAAGCCAAACUGAAGGAGAGAGGAGAGGCCCCCACACAGGAGAAACUCUCCCUGCUAAAGACUGUCCUGCAGAGCCCCCUGUUCCAUCAUAUACUCAGCUUACAGCAAGCUCAGCGGAAGCCCCCAGCGAAGUCUAACCAGGGGAAGGGUAUUUCCAAAUCUGUUUCAAUGAACUGUGGCCCCUGCCAGGGCAUGGUACAGGGCAUGAGUCAUAGUGACUCCUACACAUGGGCCAUGGAGAACCGAAGGCCCAGCACUGCCAGAUCCGUCCACAAGGAUGGCAGCAUAUCUUCUCUGGGAUCACAGGAUCUGUCCUUCACAGACAUCUACCCAGACAACUGUAUUCACACUGAAUCACAGUACUGCACUCCCCCUCGAAUCUCCCGCACCAUGUCGAUGGGGAGAAACCUGUCUGCUAUUGCUCAUGAGAAACGUCAUGUGGAGAUGAUAGAGCUGAUCAAUGAUGGGAAAGGGCUCGGUUUUGGCAUCAUAGGAGGCCGGAGCACAGGAGUGAUGGUCAAGACCAUCCUCCCUGGUGGAGCUGCUGGACAGGAUAAGCGCCUGCGUAGCGGAGAUCAAAUCCUGCGCAUUGGAGAUACAGAUCUUGCGGGAAUGAACAGCGAACAGGUGGCACAGGUACUGCGAAAUGCUGGUAACAAGGUGAAACUGCUCAUCGCCAGGGAUAUUACCAAGGACAACCACCUUUCCUCUCCUGUCCUCAACCAGGACAGCUUGGAAGACAAGCUCAACGACUUGAAUGAUGACUAUGAGUUCAAUGUGCAGUUCACUAAAAACAGUCGUGGCCUGGGAUUCACCAUUUCUAGCUACAUAGGCGACCUAAACUCAGUCUACAGCGCUGGUGUUAUAGUGAAGAGCAUAGUGAAAGGCAGCACUGUCGAUCAAGAUGGACGCAUCUACAUUGGUGACGUCAUCCUAUCUGUGGAUGGGGUGAGCCUGCAGGGCUGCAGUGAGCAGCGUGCCAUGGAGGUGCUGAGGAGGACGGGUCCCCUGGUCAGACUGAGGUUGCUAAGGAAGUCUGUCCGUCUGAGCCACAUCCUGCCCCCAGUUCCUCCCCUGCAGCCCCUCCGACACUCCCACAGCUUCCACGAGGGAAAUCCCUACAGACUGGGCCUCAACAAAAUUCAAGAGACAGGAAUCUGCUCGCUGCGUGAAAUCUCCCGGCGAGCGGCAUACGCCAACAGAAAACCCCGACACGAUUCCAGAAAUGGAGUGAAACUGACGCCGGCUGAGGAGGAAGACCUGAGGAUGAGGUGGCAACAUGCAGUCGGGCCGCGAUAUGAAGUUAUUGUUUGUCAUCUGGAGCGUUUCAGUGAGACAAGUGGUCUUGGUAUCAGUCUGGAGGCUCGGGCAGGACAUCAUUACCUGUGCUCCGUUUUACCUGAGGGGCCUGUGGGCCAAAGUGGCAAGAUCUUCAAUGGAGACCAGAUAUUGGAGGUGAAUGGGAUCCCUCUCAUUGGAGAGACACAUAAGGAGGUGGUCAAUAUUUUGAAGGAGCUGCCGAUGCACGUUUGCCUGGUGUGUUCUCGCAUCGUACCCCCUGUAAUUCCCGACAGUGAUGAGGAAGAUGACGACGAUGAUGUCCAUCUCACCCUGAAAGAGCUGUUGGCCGAGUUCAAUGACAAAUUGGACCAGGGCUGUGUCAUUCCCUGUCCUACGGCUGAGGACAUCACCAAGCGUGGUGUGCCGCCCAUGUCACCUCCUCUGGCCAUGUGGGAAAGAGAGGCUCAGGUGGUUGAGCUGGAGAAAGGCGAGUCGGGACUGGGCUUCAGUAUCCUGGACUACCAGGAUCCAGAAGAUGCCACUAAAACAGUUCUUGUAAUCCGGUCCUUGGUGGCUGGAGGUGUAGCAGAUCGAGAUGGCCGCCUGCUACCUGGUGACCGACUCAUGUUUGUUAAUGAAACAGACUUGGAAGGCUCCAGCCUGGAUUAUGCCGUGCACGUCCUGAAGUCCACCGGCUAUGGCCCUGUCCACAUUGGAGUUGCCAAACCACUGCCACUGGAACUGUGUGGUGGCUUAACGCCCAUCUCAGAGAGGAGCACACGGGCUUCCUGCGAUGACACUGACAGCCACACUCAGGUCAGCCUGCUAGCUGAGGCAGGGGACGCUAACACCAACACUUUCAACUCUGAGGACAACAGCAUCACCCAGCAGCAUUACACUACAACGGAAAACCAGCUGCGUCAUCGUUUCGGCAUCAUGGAAGACGAAGAUAGGCAGCAAGCACCGCCACUGCCCCCCCGCACCAGCUUUGAGAGGACAAUCACUGUUGUCCGGGGCAACCGUAGCCUUGGUAUGUUCUCAGUCUUUCUCAUGGUGAUGGUGUCUUGGUGUGUGUACGUCGCUGGCAUGGCAAUAAUGACGCUAAUAGGCGGUGGUGAUGACGACUGCCCUGAAGAGGAGUGCAUUGUCUAUGUCCCAGCCCAUCAGGUGGAUGAGUAUCGUACCCAUCUGUGUUUACCCUCUCUGGCAUCCAUCGCAGCAGACAGCGCCUCUUCCUCACCCACCCCACCAAACCCAUCUCCAGAACCUGCCUCGGCCCCGGCCAGGUCCCUCGGUCCAGUCAGAGUUGUAGCUCCGUCUCCAGCUUCGUCCAACCUCAAACACCCUGCCUCAGUCGCAUUUAAAGCUGCAGCUCCAGAUCCAGCAGUAGUCAGAGCCUCUGUUUCAUUCAAAGGCCCCACCAUCACCCUGGCCCCAGACUCAAGUUGGCAGAUUCCAAAAUAUCUUCCUCACAAGAACAGAGGGGAAGGAAAAGAAGAUGGAGAGACUGUGGAAGAGAAAAAGGACAAGAGUACUGUAGAUGGGAAAGUAACAAAGAUGAAGGUGGAGAUAAAGGUCGAUGGUAAAGAGGAGGGAGAAGAGGAGCUCCAUUCUCAUACCACGGUGACUUGGGAUCAACCCAGAAGUGUGCAGCUGACUCGAGCACCAGGCCAGUCCCUGGGCAUCAGCAUAAUGGGAGGCAGAGGCAUGGGCCGGAGACUGAGCAGUGGAGAGAUGAUGAGGGGAGUCUUCAUCAAGCACAUCAGCCCCGACAGCCCGGCAGCACAUAAUGGUACCCUCCGGACUGGAGACAGGAUACUAGAGGUGUGUGGUGUGGACCUAAGAGAUGCCAGCCAUGAGCAGGCGGUGGAGGCCAUCCGCAGGGCUGGAGACUCUGUCAUCUUCCUGGUCCAGUCCGGACAACAGAGAUCUCAGUCUCCUAUGCUUACCAACCAUGAGAGACUAACUCCAGCACCACAGUCCAACUCACACAGCAGCAAGGACGCAGAGACUCUCAGUGGUCUGUUCCUUAGUCUCUCCCCUACAAACCCCUUCACUCCCACCCCCUUUAAGGUACCUUCGUCGACAUCAGAUAGAAUGGAUUGGAGAAGCCCCAUAACUGCCACCUCACCAAUCACGAUGGCAGCUGGAGACGAGGAUGACACUGGCUGGAAAAAGAUGCUUCAGCGUUAUGGCAGCCUGUCUGGGAAGCUCCAUAUGAUUGAGCUGGAGAAGGACCCUGCGGCUCAUGGCCUGGGAAUCAGCCUCACAGGGAACAAGGAUGGGUCCAGGGCCCGCAUGAGUGUCUAUGUGGCGGAUAUAGAUCCUCAGGGACCUGCUGGUUUAGAUGGGAGGAUAUGGAUUGGAGAUGAGCUACUGGAGAUCAACGGUCAGAUCUUGUACGGACGGAGUCACCAAAAUGCGUCCACCAUCAUCAAUAACGCUCCAUCUAAAGUCAAGAUAAUUCUCAUCAGGAAUAAAGCAGCUAUGGCUCAAAUGACCCAGGGAUCCAGAACAGAGUGUGAGGACACAGUCGACUCCCAGACAAGCUCUGCAGAGCCUGGAGGAUUAUCCACAGACACCCAGCACAUCAUCCUACCUCAGGAUCACGUCGGUCUUGGCCUCUGCCUGGCAGAGGAGGAGUCAAAGGAAGGAGUGGUGGUCAGGUCCCUGAUUCAGCACGGCACUGCCAGUAAGGAUGGCAGGAUAAAGGUUGGAGAUAGAAUUGUAGCAGUGGGUAAUGAAGCUGUGGCAGGACUGUCAGUGGACAAGGUUUCCAGCUUGAUUCUCAAACACCGGGUCACUGUCAAGCUCUCCAUCAGCCGCUCCAAGAGUCUCUCCUCCUCAUCUUCUCUACCUCCCCCAACAUCUCUUUCCUAUCCUUACUCUCUGUCUCCUGCUUCUGCCCUAACCCUCCCUGUCUCCUCCUCUUCUUCACCUCUUAAUACAAUGCAGACCUCUCCUACAGGGCGGUCUGAUUGGCUAGGAUCAGCUCCCGCAACGUCUGACCCCCUGAGCUGCCCAGUCGUGGCUGGCAGGGAAACCACCAUAGAGAUCUGUAAAGGAAAUGUAGGCCUUGGCCUCAGUAUCGUAGGAGGAUUUGACACUCUGCUGGGGGCAGUAAUAAUCCAUGAAGUAAACGAUGGAGGAGCAGCACAGAGAGACGGAAGGCUGCAGUCUGGAGACCAGAUAUUAGAGGUAAAUGGUAUAGACCUGCGGCAGGCCACUCACGAUGAGGCUAUUGGCGUGCUGCGUCUCACCACCCAGCGGGUUCGCCUGUGUGUCUUCAGGCACCAGGAGGCCUACAGGGAGGAGGACCUGUGGGACGUCUUCAGCCUGGAGCUGAGGCCUCGUCCUGGAGAGGGGAUUGGGUUCACCACUGUGGGGAAGAGUAAUGACACGGGCAUCUUUGUGUCAGACAUCAUCAGAGGAGGCGUAGCAGAUUCAGAUGGCAGGUUGUUGCUAGGUGACCAGAUUCUGUCAAUCAGUGGGGAGGAUGUUCGUGCAGCAUCACAGGAAUAUGCACAGAAGCUUCUACAGAGUUGCACUGGAGCGGUCCAACUGGAGGUGGCUCGUUUUAAAGCAGGGCUGCAGUACUCACAGCGGAACCAGGAGUACUUUAAGUUUUGUUUUAUCCAGAGCGAAGACUCCAACUGUUCCACACUGACCCCCUCAAGUGGAUGUGAUGCUUCACUCAGCCACCAGAGGGAGACAGAUGACAAAACAGGGAGCUACUCAUUUCAAGACUACCCUGACAUCAGAAAAGUAUUAAUACAAAAGGGUCCAUGUGACUCCCUGGGCAUCAGUGUAGCAGGAGGAGUGGGCAGUCCCCAUGGCAACGUACCUCUUUUUAUUGCUACCAUGGAUACCAAUGGACUGGCUGCCAAAACACAGCAAUUACAGACAGGAGACAGGAUCCUCAGUAUCAAUGAUGUGUCCCUGGAGGGAAUGACUCAUGUCCAAGCUGGAGUCCUGUUGAAGAACGCCACCGGAACCAUCAGUCUGCAGGUGACAGCGGGUUCUGGAGUGUGCAGCACAAAGGAAAACAAUGAUGUGCAUGCCCAGUCAUCAGGCCAGUCCGAGAGCCUGCCCCGCUUUCACAACAACCUCCGUGCUCGCAUGUAUAAGACCAUCACUCUGGAGAGAGGCUCAUCAGGCCUGGGCUUCAGCAUCGUCGGAGGGUUCGGCAGCCCGCAUGGAGACCUGCCGAUCUACAUCAAAACCGUCUUCAACAAGGGGGCGGCCAUAGAGGACGGCAGGCUGAAACGUGGAGAUCAGAUCAUUGCUGUGAAUGGACACUGUCUGGAGGGCAUGACUCACGCUGAAGCUGUGGACAUCCUGAAAAAGACCAAGGGAACUGUAGUUCUAACUGUACUCUCCUGA